GGCCGGCCCUCAGCCCCGGCCGCCGUGGCCGCCCCCCGCCCCGAACCGGGCGCCGUGGCCCGAGGCGGCCCCCGCCGCCCUGCCACCCCCUGAGGGCUCCCCGCCACCCUCCCGCCAUGGCCCGGGGGGCUGGUGAGGCGGCUGCGGACGGGGAGCUGGGAGAUGACAGCAUGUCUGUGAUAACCUGUGAAUCAGAUACAGAAAUGAAGUUAAAGAAGAAAAUUUUUCACAAGCCUCCAAAGUCACCAAAGUCUCCAUACAGCUCUAGCACACAACUGUAUCCUAAAAAAGCUGCAGUUUGGCGAUCUCUGCAGGGAACAGGCAGUGCACGUCUCGAGAGUGCAGCUGUAAAAAACCCAAGGCAGAUGUGGCUGGGAUCACUGAAACAAGGAAUGAGCCAUCCUCUGAAAUCAGAUGUUGACAUGGGGCAUAUGCGAACUAACGUUUCUAGUAGCACUCCAGAAUAUUUGAAGGAAGCUCUAGGAAUGAAGAAGCCAAAACAUUCUCGUUCUUCUAGUAAUGGCUACAUUCCUGGAACUCCUGACUACAAAGAAAAAGAAGACAUGUAUGAUGAAAUUAUAGAACUAAAAAAGACAAUACAAGCUCAGAAAAAUGAGGGAGAUCGAAUGAAAACUAAGCUCCGUCGACUAGAAGAAGAGAACAAUAGAAAAGAUAAACAGAUUGAACAACUGUUGGAUCCUUCCAGGGGCUCUGAGCUGGCACGAGCUUUGUCAGAAAAGAAGACUGAUAAUGGAUGGGUUGUUAGUGGAUUAAAGCAGAAGAUUUUCAAGCUAGAACAACAGUGCAAGGAGAAAGACAACACUAUUAAUAAGUUCCAGGCAGACGUGAAGACCGCUAAUUUGGAAGAAAUGAGGAUAGCUAUGGAAACCUACUAUGAAGAGGUUCAUCGUCUCCAACUCCUCCUGGCAAAAUCUGAGGCUAUGAGGAAAAAUACAGAGGGCAGAGAUACCCAAAAACGACUAAAGGCACUGAAUGCUGCUGUCCUGAGAUUAUCUAGGAACAUCAAGGAAUUGCAGAGUGAGAAUCAGAGGCUGAAAGAAGACCUAGAUCAUGUACUGAGUAGUCCUCCUCCUUCCAAUAAAACAAAAAAUUAUAGUGAGUGGAGCAGACAGAGGCUGGUGAGGCGUAUUUCGGAACUAGAAAAAAAAGUAUGUGCCAUGGAGAACACCAGGGUGUCAUCAGCAGAUAGUGAGUCUUCACAGUUACUUGCUGCGUCAUCUUCGCCUUCUGUAGACCUGGAUCAUCCAGCCUUUCAGCAGGUAGACCAUAUUGAGGAAUGCCGUCGCCUCCAAGGGCUAGUGAAGAAACUGAAGAGUGAUAGGAAGGCACUUCAAAAUCUCCUACUCAAUAAAGAAUUAGACAUCAAGCAGUUACUGCAGGCUAAGGCUGAAGUGGAGCUGGAGCUGCAGAAGUGGCAGAAUAAAAAGGAAGAAAAGAGUACAGAAGAGCAGACUGUAAGCGAGGAAAUCCAGAACCUGACACAGAAAGUGGGGAAGUUGGGGUCAAAAUUGGAGGAAGAGACGAGACAAAAGGCAGAAGAUACAAUGGAAAAGCUUAGUAAGUCUUCACCAGUCCGCACGGUUAAAGGCAAAGAAGAUCACAGGAAGGAACAAGCAGCCAAAAUCAUCCAGAGACAGUGGAAGAUGUACCGAAACAAGGCGAGAAUCUCCUCUCAGGGAACAAAGGACGAAAUUGCUCUGGAUGAGGCAGUUGUAAUGCUUCAGGCAGCUUUCAGAGGACAUUUGGCUCGACAGAAACUGUUGCUGAAUAACAGGAUGCAUGAUGCAAAAUCUCACAACAAGAACUGCUGCAUGUCUCCCAGGUCAAACUCCUUGAGCUUGUCGUCUGAUUGCAAGGAGAAAGACGAGAUUGUGACAUUCAUCCAGUCCAUUUUCAGGGCUCACUUAGCACGUACAGUACUGCUUGAGGAGAGGCCCUCUGUGUCCAGUGCACCAAGUGAGAAAUCAGAUUCUGCAGUUUACAUUACAGGGGAGAAACCAGUCUCAGCAGCACUCCAGAGACCUCCUUCAAUCUUCGUGUCAUCUGUUCCUGCCAGGUCCUCUGAGAAGCAAUCGCCGCCUACUCCCUCACUGUCUGCGGAUGAAGCUCACUCAGACGAUUCGGAUGAUAUUGUCACUGUCCCUCCGUUGUUGCAGAUGAAGAAAAACUACCACUUUUAAGUUCUGGUAACAGGCUCUGGUGAUCGUGAAUUAUUCGAUUCACAAACAAAACUAUUUCUACCAAGAUAAAGCAUAUCAAAGAUGAAAAAAGGGGGAAUAUCAGCCCCUUUUUAAUGGCAGUUGUCAUUAUUUCAACUAUAAAUGAGUAAUUGUUUGAUAUUUGUCUCUGCAAACUUCAUGGCUAAAAGCUGCUGACCGUUAACCUGGUACGCAGAGAGAGUUUGGAUUUAAAAACUAAACCAAAACACUUCAAUGUUUUGUCUCGCAAUGAGGAUUAUAAAUUCAAUUGCCAAAUUUAAAUGAAAGCAAUAAAGCCUUAAGCUAUUUCAUGUCAAAGUUUUGUUCCAGGUCUCCUAAAAUACUUUGAUUAAUCGGAAAGUGAUUAAUGACAUGGCUCCAGUUUUCAGCCUGUGUAUGUGAAGGGGAACAGCUUGUAUUUGUUACCAGGUCCAGCCUGUGUAUGUGAAGGGGAACAGCUUGUAUGUGUUACUAGGUCCUCUCUAUUUAAAAAUUUUACUGUGUCACAUUUUAAUAUCUCUUUUGUUUAUUUUUAUAUUGAACAUUUACAGUCUGUGCAGACCUUGUAAAGGCUUUUAGAAAGCCAUUUUUUUGUCAUAGGGCUAUUCUAAGCCUACUGUAUCAGCAGGGUUUUCUUAUUUAUUGCUUUUUCCAAGUGUGCUUGCUAUGGUAUGUAUAGUACCGUUUUGUAUUUGAAAUGUCCGAUCACAUAAUCAUUUUUUGUAUUUGUCAGAGAAGGUGCGUAAUAGCAGGAGUGUUCUGUGAAGGAUGCCCUUGUGACUGCUUUUUCUGCUUACGGAUCGCAAAUAGGAGUGGAAUAUGCAGGGUCAUCUCUAAUAUGUGAAAACAUUUGAGGUAGGAGAUAUGUUGCUUUAUGUUCUGUUUUAGCUUACGUCACUUGACAGUCUAAAACUUUCACCUAACUCGAUUGCUCAUACCCUGAGGGCUAGCGGGGGGGGUUAAGUCUAAUGUUGCUUUGCUGUUGUUGGUAUCUCUUCUCAGUACUACUUUGCAU